AUGGGAUGUGGACCAUCGAACACGGCCGGCCCAGUGGCGGGUGAAGGAAUUGCGACCAUCUCUAAGCUCGUCUACCCACGUCCGGAAGCGUUCGAAAUCCCGCUCGGUGACGAGAACAACCCCGACAGUCUUAUCAAGAAGCACCCGCCUCGGCGAUUGAAGCGCCUCGAGGAACAAUCCGGAUCCAUGCCAAGCAUCGAGGACCUGGAGGAAAAGCUCUCGACAGCCGAAACGCGCCGGCAGCAGUUCCUCGCGAACCGCUCGCAAAAGACCACCUUUGACAAGGCCAGUCUGGACGCGACAGAGAACGACGCCAGCACUAUCCCGGAGGAGGGCGAAGAUGACCGAUCGAUGGGUGGUGAGCGGCCACCACCGGAAGAUGAUUCCGGCCUCGAACAGACGGGCUCACGGACGGCAGCUGGUGAAAGUCCACCCCGAGCGCGCCAUCGUCUGCGACGGGAAGGCGAAACAGACCAGGAUGAGGAGGAACCCGGGCAGCAGGGGGACGGGCAGAGCCGACGGGGGUCGGACCUGAGCAUCAGCCACCUGAUGAACAUGCGGAUGAAGAUGAACCAGUACAGGAAAAAGUCCCAUCAAUACUAG